UACACCUGAUAACAUAGCAUUUUGUCAUUAUUGUAUAUUGUGUCGUGCAAGUUGUGUUCGUGAAGCCUUGAAGUAAGGGUGUGAAAAAAUCUAUCAAAAUGGAAACAGAGAAGAAUCUGGAUUUUGGAAUGCGGUGUAUUAAGUACAUGCUAUGUGUUGCCAAUCUAAUGUUUGUGAUCGUUGGAUUGCUGCUUAUAUGCAUCGGUUACACCAUCAAAACCAUUUAUCUAAACUUCGAUGAAUUUAUGGAAACUUAUUACUACAACCCCUCGACCCUGGCAAUUGUUAUUGGAUUCUUCAUUUUCAUUGUAGCUUUGUUUGGUUGCAUUGGUGCUUUGAAGGAAAGCACAUUUUUGGUGAAUAGCUAUGCGUUUUUCCUGACAAUUAUCUUUAUUUUACAAUUGUCGGUCAGCAUUGCUGCGUAUGCGAUGAGAUCCAACAUUGAAAAUUCUGUACAUAGUAACAUGCUUCAAGCCAUGAAAUACUAUGACGUGAGUUACAAUGCUUUCACAUGGAAUUCUACUCAAUACAACCUUCAAUGCUGUGGAAUCUACAGUUACGGCGAGUGGUCAUUAUACUCUAAUCGAUCAGGAUUUGCGCUUACCUCAAUUGUAAAAGACAAACAUACCACCCUCUACGUCCCGACUACAUGCUGCAUGAACGAACAAUGUUCUUAUGACUCCCUGUUCAAAGAUGGAUGCCUCAAUCGUCUAGUGUAUGUUGUUUCCCAAUGUGCUCUUCUUCUUGGCGUUGGUGCUCUUUGCGUAGCAUUUAUUCAGGUACUAGGUAUCGUGUUUGCCUCGAUGCUGGCUAAAUCCAUCAGAAAGGUUAAAACUCAGAGACUGGUGGAGAGAGAGGAAAGAAGGCGCAACUUCUACGAUCAAGUGGUUAAGAACCAGGAGGCAAAACCCAAGACUCCUAUGCUGUAUACCCCCAAGGAUUCCGAAGCCUAAUUGCUGGUAAAAGUCCACAAAAAAAAUAAAAAAAUAAAUUUUGAUUUAAUAACAUAACACUCUUUAAUUACUCUAUCAAAAAUUCUUUAAGUAUAACCUACUUACUUAUUAUGUGCUAGAUAAUUGAUUGCAGCCAUGCUAUUGUCAAUAUAUAUGUGAUAGUAAGGUAUAGGGAAAAGACCAAAUCUGAUUUACAGUUUACUGUAAAUAGCAAGAUUAGGAAAGUGCUUUCGUGCAAUUCUUUCAACGUUUUACAGUUUUCGUAUUUUUGUCUUCAUAAAAUGUAUAUUUCUGUUUCAUUGUAACAGUAACGUUUGAUAAUAAAGUUGUGAAAUACU